AUGACCAACUUGCACAAGCCGGACACCAACGGCUCUCUUCAUCUGAAGAAAAUCGAUUCGCUUUCAACUUUCCCUUAUUGGUUCGUUUUUAAUUUUUUUUUUUUAAUUGAGAAUCAGUAAAGUCAGAACUUCAUCUCGAGCUCUGGGUACCGUGUAGGAGAGAAAAAAUAUUUGAAAAUGAGUUCUCUGUGUUUUUUUAUGGCCGGAUGUCAAUUAUGAAGAUUUCGAAGUCCUGGAGCAACUACUUAAAUUCUCACUGUAACUACAGAACCUUUCCGUUUCACACAUUUACUGGGAAAAUUUUAAGUGACCACUCUAGUGUUUGAAGAUUUAGCGGCCACUAUAGCAGUCGGUUAACGGCUACAAUUGGUUAAAAAUUAAGGCUUUUUAGAAGUCUAGUUGGUACUACUAGAUUACCAAAACUAUUAUAGUGGCUUCUUUAGAGGUGGCUUCAGUUUCUUCUCCAAUUAGUCCUUGAGAAACCUUCUAAGUGGCCUCCAGAGUUUUUGCAAUAUUGCCGAUUUUUCAAUUAUAUUUCCAUGUGCGAGCUUAAGAAAAAAAUUUUUGAAACGGAAUUUUGCACCCUUAGCGAAAGUUUGGAAUAUUUUUACCUCGAAUUUUAAGACUCGAUUCGAUAUCGACGGAUUAAACAGAGUUAAAUAAACGAUAUAUUAUUUUUUUUUUCAUGUUUUUAAGUUAACAGAAAGAUUAACGUAAAUCAAAGAUUUUUUCGUUGCACGCGAAUUUAAAAAUCGAUCUCGCGUCAGAAACGUUUUUUAAACUAUCUUUUUUUGUUCCGCAUCGUCAAAAAACUUAUUUGAACUAUUUUAGGGAAUUUGAGUGAAAAUUUCAUAUCAUUUAUCUUUGGUUUGAGUAUAUUUGAAUGGAGGAACUAGCGAUAUCGCGAAUAGUGUGCGUGAAGAAACGAUUUAUUGACACUUUUAAGGAUUUGGUGCCUCAAACUUGCUUUAUUCCUUACUCGAACUUUCUUCAUUCUUACGUUAUCGUAGAUAUUGAAGCGUUUUUGCCUGUCCUAACACAAAAAUCGGGUUUUUCCUAUCAUUUUUCCAUUGUCCCAUUGUCCUCCUUCAUAUCCCACUUUCUCGGUCUUUCGAUUCAUUCGUGUGACUUCUUAUUUUGAGAAAUAACUUUGAAAAUGGUCGCUUUCACGCAAACGUGAGUUCAUUUCAAAGUCUUAUUUUCUAACCUAGAAAAAUAUUAUGAGAACUUUUUAAGAGCACCUCCUUGACAGUAGAAAUUAAUAUUGUCUACGAAAAGCUUUGAUUUUUGUUUGAAUUCGUCGAUAUUUUCAGCGGUGGGAUUAAUGGAGAUGGCCGAACGGCGAGCACCGACAGUGACAGCGAAGUUCCGUAUCAAAUCUCGCAAGCUGCGCUGAGGUCUUUAUGAUUAUUGUGCAUUUUUUCACAUGUUAUUUCGUCUCACCAGCUAUUAGGUCCAUUAAACAAUCAAUUUGCGAUGAAAUGGACGUCUUAUUAAUUUAAAAAAAAGGGUCCUAAAUGACCAUUUAGCGGGUCAUUUAGUAUACCUCCGUAAGUGCCUUUUUUGAGAACCCCCUCUAGCCUUUCCCAGAAAAUCUUUUUCUCCCAGAAAUACUUACGUCGCUCUUCACGAGAAAGUCAACCGGAGGAUCAAAGACGGGACGCCAUUUUUCUCGUUGGAGUUCUUCCCGCCGAAAACCGCCAAUGGAGUCGCGAAUUUUUUCACCAGGCACGCUUUUCCCCCCAAACAUCUUUAUAUUAAAAGCUCUUAUUUAAAAUUAUUGUCCUAUGAUAUUGGAUUGGCAUUCAGACUUGACCGGUUCAAUGAGGGAGGACCAGUUUUUGUCGAUAUCACGUGGCACCUUGGCAGUGAUCCAGGUAUAGUUUUGAAAUUUCAUUGACAAGGUCAUGAGAAAGGAAAGAUGGAGAAUGACCGCUUCUAACUGAACAAAUCGAGUUUCUACAAGAAAAAUAGAAAAACUGCAGCCAACAUGUCGAAGGAGACGUCGUCGUCGUCAAUCGCCGCCGGCUGCAUGAACUUUUGCCGAGUGGACACGAUGCUGCACAUGACCUGCGUACAGUACACCAAAGAGCAGACGAUCAAGCACCUCGAGCAGGCGAAAGCCGUCGGAAUGAGGAGCAUCCUCGCCCUCCGGGGCGACCUUCCGCCCGUGGUUCGUGUCCUGUCUUGUAGUGUAGCCCAUUCAAUCAAUCAAUAUCCAUUUUGUUGGUUUAAUCACAGAUAAAAUCGACAAGACGGUGGGAAAGAACUUUCGGGUUUUAAACGAACAACCGCCUUUGGCGAGCUAGGAGUCCAAAAGUGCAUUUGAUCAAAUUGAAAGCGUAGUCUUACGGUCCUUCGCCUCGUCCUUCUAGGCGUAGUCCAUCCAGUUGCGUCUUGACGAACUCAGAAUACAGCGGUGUUGUUCUGGAGCCUAGAGAGCCAGAAGCCUUGAAAUACCACCUCGAGUGAAGACGUUAGGAACGCCAGCUUGUCCCCAUUUUUUUUCUGCAAAUAAUACCGUAUACUGAACUCGAGCACUUCUCUUCGAAACCUUUUUUACAGAAUUUUAGUUCAGGAUGAUGAGAGCAAGCGGCCAGUGUAUCAAUAUCGCGCCUUGGACAUGAUCAGAUGGAUCCGCGAAGAGUUUGGCGAUUAUUUCACCAUCGCUUGUUCAGGUAUACUGUAAAGUUUGUUGUGAAGUAUUUAUAAAAAUAACCGUUUUUUUUUCCUAUAGAGAAGAUUAGCACACCAAAGUUGGAAGGGAAGCCUUACUAGUUAGUUUUUAGCUUUAUCAAAAAACAAUUUUUCAAAACUCCCUCAUUAAUAGUUUCUGUGAAAAAUUCUAGAUACCACUUGAGAGGUUCUUCAAGGACUACUUGGACUCUAAACUGGCCAGGGAGCCAUUAUUUUGCACCUUAGUGACCGCUUUAGCAGUUUAGUGGUCUAGUAGCCCCGCUUCUUUCUAAAAAAGACCCUUAAUUCUAGCCACUUAGGUUUAAACCAAAUCGACUACUAUAGUGGCCACUAAAACGUCAAAGCUCUAGAGUUGCCACUGAAAACUUUUCCGGUUUUCUCAAGAAGCUUGCAGGAAUAAAAAUAGUGUAUAUCAGCGCGCAUUUCAGGUUAUCCAUUGGGUCAUCCUGAAGCUGCCUCGUACAAGGCCGACCUACAGUACUUGAAAGCCAAGCAGGAUGCUGGAGCGCAGUUGAUCGUCACCCAACUUUUCUUCGAAGCUGAGGUUCUUAAUAAGAUAUUUACGCUGAAAGGAAAUCUAGAAAUAAUCAGAAAGAAGAUCAUAUUUUGAGCCAAAUCUGUCGGUUUUCAGACUUUCGAAAGGUUUGUCAAUGACUGCCGCGAAAUCGGCAUCACUAUCCCAAUCAUACCUGGAAUCAUGCCAAUCAUGGUGAGCUAACUGACGAGACGAAAAUUCAAUUAUUCUUUCUCAGGGCUAUGAAUCUAUCCGACGAAUCGCUUCGCUCUCGCAAUUGACGAUCCCGGAAGGUAUUCUGAAAGAUUUGGAGCCGAUCAAACACGACGACGACGCCGUCAGGAACUACGGAAAAUUCAGGGUGAAUUCUGUCUGAAAAAAGGAGAUCUGUGACACGAGUUUAUCUCGUAUAUAAAUGGGCAAGUUCAGUACUCAUUCGGCCCGGGAGGAGGAGUUGAUUUCCAAAAAUUGUGAAAAAUUGAAAAUAAAAUCAAGUUCCAACCUCGGGGAGAUAUUUUUGGCCGCGGUAAUACAAGUUUUGACUUCAGGGACGUAGUCUCAACUUUGAUUUAGGAUAACCUGGGAGGAGAGGUUGGUGGCCUUUAAAAGUGGUCUGCCCAUGAACGAUCUUGAAUAAAUAUGUAUAUAGAAAUUGAGGAAACUGAAAACGCGUAGCGAAUUUUGAAAUUUUGAAUUCCUCAGCAGUUUUUUUAAAACAAAAUUUCUUCAUUUUGCCUGUUUUCCAGUGCGUGGAAAUGUGCCGAAGACUAUUGGCGAAUGGAACCGCGCCCUCGUUGCAUUUGUAUACGAUGAAUCGAGAAGGAACCUGUCGGUAAGUCAUAAAUAAAUGGGCAAGUGAGAACUCAAUGAGUGCGGGAGUAAGGGUUGACUUACGAAAAACUUUUAAAAUAAGAUAAGAUUUCAUGACAGGGAGGCAAUAUUGACAGAAAUAAAAGUGAUUUUAAACAUCAGGAGGGAAGAGUGACAAUUCAUGAGAACUUGGGAAUAGAGACCUUAGAAGUGGGUCUUCCCAUGUAGGCGGUGAGUUGAUAUUGGCUGUCGAAAGUUCAAAAACUUUUAUAGAAGAGAAAAAAUAUUCUACAGUUUUGACUCGUGCUAUCUUUUUUUCCUGCUAUUUUCAUGAGGCUUCUUUCUUCUUUGGCGGAUCCAUAGGAGAAGCUGAAAAUUUUUCAAAACGCAAAAGAUUAUUCAUCGGCACCCCAAAUUAGCUCCGUUUCGUAUCAGAAAAUUUUCGAUUAAAAAUCUUUUGCUAGAUAGUUUAAAGGAGCAUGAGGAGGUUUCGAAGCGAUGCACGAGUUCUGCGUAUUUAAUUAUCCCAGAAACAUUUAUUUCAAAAGAUUGCUCAAAAAAAAAAAACUAACCAACUACACCCUUAUUUACUGAUAGCUUUAGCGAUAGGUCGCUACAGGCUCUCGAAAAAUUCCUACAAGACUAAAAAGGUCACUAAGUGACUUCUUCUUCAAAAAAAAAAUGUAGUCUGAUGUGGUCACUUAGGAGAUGUUUUUUCUUCUAACAGCAUUGCAUCAUUUUCGACGAUUCUGAUUCCCUUGUUUUCCUCGUUGCUUUUUUGACCCCGAAACUUAUUCCUUGCUGUCUCCGCCAGUUUGAACGUCCUUUUCUUCCUUUACCUUUUUCGGUUUUUUUUUAUUUGACUUUGUUGUAGGUUUCAAAAAUCAGUGAAGUUUCUGCAAAACGGCCGAAAAGAUUUAGCCUUAAAUCAAUGACGCGUUUACCUUGAAGAAAUCUCUUUGCUUUCUGAUUUUUUUUUCAAAGUCUGUCCAGCGUUUCACAAUGCUCUGAUACAACCAAUCAAUUCUUUGUGAAAUUCAUGACGCAAUCAGAGCAAAAAAAAAGUUGAGUUUCAUUCGUUGCGAGUUUGAAUUUUUUUUUCUCUAGAGAUAUAUAGCUUUUCAAACGUUUACUGAAAGGUCAAUAACCGAUUAAAUUCAACAAAAAAAAGCAGAUAGAACGUAAGCGAUACUCGAGGCGACCAGGUCAAAAAUUCCUUUGCAAACUCAUUUGGAACAAAAUCCCUCAAACGAUCAUUUUUCCGUUCUCUUUUGAUUAAAAGUUUAGUGUUUUUUUUUGCCACAAAAGAAAUCUGAGAAAUUGAUAGCCGAUUCAGCUUGACUCAAGGAGACGUGGUCUGUCUGCGCUCUCUACUAACUAGGCACUGUUUCUUUUCUUAUCGUGUCAGGACCCUUUUUUUUAUGGUUCAAGUCAGCCGUGAAAAUUGGAGAAAACGAGUUAUUACUUUGAAAAAAAAACGUUUUGCUUUUGUCAAUCAUUACGAGCUGUUUUCAGUGAGAUCCUCCAAGAGCUUGGCCUCUGGCAACGAAGACCAAUGCGAGCCCUGCCUUGGGAACCUCACGGAGCCAAUCAUCCGCUGCGAUGCAAAGAAGACGUUCGGCCGAUAUUCUGGAGCGCUCGUCCCAAAAGUUACAUCUACAGAACUAGGGUGAACUCCUCCUUCUAACAAAAAAAAAAUUUUUUUACUAGAAAAAUUCGUUGACUUUCAAAAUCUUAAUCUGUUAAGUUUUCAGAAGUUUCCUUACCGCACAGUAUCUUUUCUGUUAGGGACGAACAUUAUUAGAGAAACAAUUAAAUAACUCGAUCAUAUUAAGGAUUGGGAUGAUUUUCCGAACGGUCGCUGGGGCAACAGUUCCUCACCGGCGUAUGGAGACCUCGCCGAUUACUACCUCUUCCACUUGAAGGUCUUGCCAGCCGUUUUUCGUCCAACCGCACCUUUUUUCAGCCGAAUACCAACAAAGAAGAGCAGCUGAUGAUGUAUGGAAAGGAACUUCGGAACGUGGCCGACGUCCAGAAAGUCUUCGCGAAUUAUAUUUCUCAGAAACCCAACGAGAACGGCGUCAAGGUACUGGGGCGUCUGGAAUAUGACUGUUUGAUCAAAAUUCAUUUUCACUCCUAGAAGAGGUCCAGCGAGUUUCUAGUUUUCUGCAUAUCCUAGUUUUUUUUUCUGGAUUGUAUAGUUUUCUUUUGUUUCUUCGGAAACUAAAAAUCGUUUACUGUAGAUACUGUGGCCACUUAUGGGGUUCCUCAAGGACUACUUGGAGAGGACACCAAGGUGGUCACUAAAACCGCCUCUUUAAAGGCCGAUCUAUUUGACCUGUUAGUGGCCAUUAUAGUAGCUCUGUUUUAGCGGCUACUCAUCCGUUUACUAAACUUCAAGCCCCUAAGAUGGUCAAUAAAAUUUAUUCCCAAGAAACUCAUUUUUUUUUCUCUUCUGAAAGAGUUUUUGACAAGUAGUACUUGUAGGUAACUGCCUUGCCAUGGAACGAGCUCGAAAGCGGCGUUCAACCCGAAACCACACUCAUCAACGAGCAACUGCUGUGGUGUAAUGAAAAUGUAAAUUUGAUUGAAACUCUUGGGGUAAUCCCGCUUUGAAAGUUAAGUUGAGACAAGAAGUCACUUGAGAUUACUCAGCAGCUUUAUUAUAGAAAAGGUAUAAUAGGCUCUUGGAUCUUGGAAACUCUUAAGUGAUCCCUAGAAUCGCUCAGAAACGUCCGGAGCACGUUCUUUUUGCGUCAACAAUGUCUAAAAGGUCAUAGCAGGACUGAGAAGUUGUGCGAUAAAGCGCAUUAGCCAGAGUUAGGCGUAGAUUUACGCAGAUUCCGUAACCGAACAAGUAAAUAAGGUAAAACAUUUUUUGUCGUUGCAGGGCAUAUUGACGGUGAACAGCCAGCCGUCGGUGAACGGCGCUCCGUCGACAGAUCCGCUCGUCGGCUGGGGCAAACCCGGCGGCUACUGCUACCAGAAGGCCUACCUCGAGUGCUUCAUCAGCAAAAAGAACGUCGAGACCCUGGUCGGCUUCAUCCAUGAGUACGCGCCGCGCAUCAACUAUCACAUCAUCAAUCAUGAUGUGAGUUGUGAGGGCUUUGUCUUUUGGAGGCAUUCAUCUUCAUCCCUAGGGCCGAAAUCACCUUUUUCAUACAGUAGGAUCGGAUUCAUGUUCGGCCGGUUUUAGCAAAACUGAACCUCGAAUAGCCAAAAAAAAAAAAACACGGGCACCCCUGUUGAGACACCCGGCCAGCAUGAGAAUAGUUUGAGUUCUAUCAAAAGGUCUUCAGGGGUCCUACGACAAGUCGAAUGCGGAAGCGACGACGCCGAUCGCGGUGACGUGGGGCGUGUUCCCGGGAGCCGAGGUCGCCCAGCCGACGGUCGUCGAUCCGCUCUCGUUCCGCGUAUGGAAGGACGAGGCCUACGACAUGUGGAUCAAGAACUGGGCCUGGCUCUACCCGAAAGACUCGCAUUCGCGUGACGUCAUCCAGCACAUCCACGACGAGUUCAUGAUGGUCAACAUCGUUGACAACGACUUCCAGAAGCCCUCCAUCAUUUUUGAGAUCCUCGACCGCAUGCUUCAGGCAACCAGCCAGUGA